AUGACGGUUGUUCUUGUAUAUUUGUUGCAAUUUCUCGUCACUUUCUUUCCGGUAACGUAUGCGUCAUCCGAAAAGUACGGUGGGUUUUCGGAGCCUCAUUUGAAAGACCUGCGCAACCGCACGAAAAGCCUAUUCUAUCAUGGGUUCAAUAGCUACAUGGCCCAUGGGUUUCCUUAUGACGAGGUGGACCCGCUCACUUGCGAACCUGCGUCUCGCGACUACGAGGAUAUCCACAAUACAUGGAAGAACGAUGCGAUGGGCAACUUUUCCCUAACUCUUUUUGAUACAUUGGACGCAUUCGUGGUGCUUGGAGACAAGCAGGGCUUUGAACGAAAUAUCCAGUUGAUAAGAGACACUUAUCAGGAUUUCGAUAUUGACGCAAACGUCCAAGUUUUUGAGACCACCAUCAGAGUCCUAGGGGGACUAUUGAGUGCGCACUUAUAUGCGUCCGACGAACGUCGAGGAUAUAGUAUCGAAAACUACGACGGGUUUCUUCUGCGUCUGGCAUACGAUCUCGGAAAAAGACUUGUGCUGGCAUCUGAAAACAAGUCCGGAGUGCCGUAUCCGCGCACAAAUCUCAGGUACGGGCCUCUUAAGGUACCCAAGAGCCUGCAAAAGGAGCAAUGCACUGCCGGAAUAACCUCUCUGAUUUUAGAGUUUGGACUGCUCUCUCGACUCACCAACGACCCAAUUUUCGAACUCAUUUCCAGAAAAACGUUCCUCAACAUGUGGUCUUCAAAAACUGUGCUGGGAUUGUUACCAAUGACUGUGGAUGCGCGGUCCAACAUUUUCACGGACCAGAUCACGGGUGUUGGUGCGUCCAUCGACUCGUUUUACGAGUAUGCUUUAAAAUACUCCAUAUUAUUCGACGAUGAAAUAUUCAAUGACAUCUGGCAAGAGUCUUACAAGGCACUGCUUAUGCACUCACAAAAUUCAAUUGGCAUUUUUACCAACAUUCAUGUCUCCAAUGCAGCGGCGGCCAGGGAAUGGAUCGACGCUCUUGGGGCAUUUUUCCCUGGGCUGCUGGUUUUAGCCGGAGACUUGAAAAACGCUUUUGACUUCUACACGGUAUAUUUCAAAUUGUGGAACACUUACGGAGCCAUUCCUGAACGAUGGGAUUUCUCUGGGUUCCGUUGGAACUACGCCUACAGGGACUCGAAGCCAUACCAUCCUUUGGAUAGUUUGCCAGGAAUGUCUGUUGAGGAAACGAAGGUAGCGUUAAUGAACGACGCCGUCCUUCUGGAAUGGUAUCCCUUACGUCCUGAAUUCGUUGAGUCGACGUACUUCCUUUAUAGAGCGACUAAGGACCCGUUUUUUUUGCGCGUUGGCGAAGCCAUUUUGCAGCGUUUUGAAAAAGACUUUCGUGCUCCUUGCGGAUUUGCAGGAAUUGACGACAUCAGAGUGGGCACCAGACAGGCACGGAUGGAGAGCUUUGUCUUGAGCGAAACGCUCAAGUACCUGUAUUUGCUGUUCGACCCAGAUAAUGAUCUCCAUACAAAAAACGGUGCAGCGAUAUUUUCGACGGAAGCACAUCCAUUUUGGUUUGAUGACAAGUUGAAA